CCACGAGCGAAGGCUACAGAAAACAUGGACAGUUCGCGUUCUGCCGAGGGCGCUACAGCCGCGGAGGGCGCGGGCCCCGCGUCGGGCCCCGCGCCGGGCUCCGCGCCGGGCGACACGGCCGCUGAGGGCCGCUCGCUGCACGCGCGUUCUUUCAAGUUGCGCUUUGCGUCGCAGCGCGAGCAGGGGCGCUCCUACGUGUCGCUCGUGAAGCCCCUCGGGCUACCCGCCACGGUGACGGGCAAGUUCUACGUGCGCGAGCAGGCGGGCGCGGGCGACGCCGAGCGCGAGCGGCGCGCGCUCUCGCGCAUUCACGACAUGUUCGGGCGCGGGCCACGCGACAAGUACCCCGCUCCGGUGACCAGCUCGCAAGUGGUGGGCUGGCACGCGGCGGGCGCGGCGCGGCCGGACGCGCGGCUGAGCCACCACAUCCGCGACUCGGCGUGGCUGAAGGCGCGCCUGUGCGUGCUGGCCGCGGACGACAAGCUCAAGCAACGCUAGUGUAGGUAUAUAUCAGGGGAUGAUUACAACAAAAUCUAGACACACGGCAGUGUGUCCGCCAAGUUCGAGCAAAAAAAGCGACACACCGGCCGUGGGUUAUAUUACACGAACCAUUUCGGGCCAAAUUCGACCCCCCUGUAACUCAAAAUCUAUUUUAUUUACGCAUAUCAAAUUUCUAGUAUCUGUUGAGACCCCCUCACUUAUCUAAAAUACAAAAUUUCAUUAAUAUACCUAUUGUAGGUCUUGAGAUAUUGACGUCAGAAAAUCGCUAUUUUUACUAUACACUCACUGACUGAUUCACUGACUCACUCAUCAAAAACCUAGACCACUUCCAAUGGUCGUAUUGACUUGAAAUUUGGCAUGGAGGUAGGUCUUUAUGUCAAGGUAAAGGAAAAAAUCUGAAAAUGGCCAAGUGUGAGUCGGUUUCAAAAUAAUGAAGGUGUAAAAUACCCAGUGUAAAUUUAUACCCCUAAGGAACUAAAACGAACUAAAUUUAUCUAUAUUUAUAUAAUAUAUCUUCGAAUGGUCGUACCGAUCUGAAAUUCGUUACAAAGGUUUGUAUUUAGUCAAAGUAAAAAUCUGAAAACGGCCAAGUGUGAGUCACUUUCGAAAAUAACGAAUGUGUAACUUUGAUCCACGAACAUAAUAUAUGAUAACAUGUCAUGUCAGUCAGUUGGUAAAUCUAGUCCAUUUAGUUAAUCUAGUUCAUUUCUUUGUAAGAAGCAUAGUGCAUAUUUAAAAAUCUGAAAGAUAGUAUAAAUGAGACAUUUACUUAACUAACUUAAUCAUAAGAAAAAAAUAAAAUAAACAGCCUUACAAAAAUAAAUGAAAUCCCACCCAAAACAAAAAUGUGAAAGACUGCCAAGUUCGAUAAUAUGGGAAUGCUUCGCCUAUAAAAGAAGUGAGAUCUGAAUAAGUACCAAGUUCCAUACACAUACCUCAGUUAAAAAUAGUUACUUUUUAAUGAUGAUUACUUGGCAAGUUUUAAUAGAAAAUUAAAUACUUGAUUCAUUGCGUUUAGUAGGUUUAUAACAAGGUGUAUGAAAACUUGCCAAGUAACAUCAUUAAAAAGUAACUAUUUUUAACUGAGGUAUGUGUAUGGAACUUGGUACUUAUUCAGAUCUCACUUCUUUUAUAGGCGAAGCAUUCCCAUAUUAUCGAACUUGGCAGUCUUUCACAUUUUUG